AUGAGCAUCCAGAAGCUGAGCGUCCCGCCAAACCUUCGUUUUAUUAUUGAUGACAUCGACGAGGACUGGGAAUAUGGUCAGCCGUUUGAUUAUAUCCACAGCAGGAUGAUGGUCUUUAGCAUCAAGAAUUGGAAGCACUACAUCCGCAAGAUCUUCAAGCAUGUAUUCAACCUCCACGUCAUCCAUAAGACUAACCUUUAUAGUAAUCUCAAGCCUGGUGGCUAUGUCGAGAUUCAAGAAACUGGAGGCAUUAUUCUCUCCGACGACGGGACUCUUACGCCUGACCACGCCCUUUCAAAGUGGUGUAACCUCCUCGAGGAGGCUUUUACUAAGCUCGGCAGUACCUCCAUCGAGUUCGACGAGAUCAAAGCUAUUAUGCAAGAAGUUGGCUUUGUCGAUGUCGUCGACAAAAGAUUCAAGUGGCCUACCAAUCCCUGGGCUCGAGAUAAGAAGUAUAAAGAGUUGGGAAUGUGGAAUAACUACAAUGCUUCGAACGCUUUGGAGUCGUUGACCAUGGCGUCGUUUUCGAGGGCUCACGGAUGGUCGCGGGAGGAAGUUAUUACGUUCCUUGUUAAUGUGCGGAAGGAUCUAAAUAAUCCCAUUGUUCAUGCUUAUAAUCCCAUGUGA